UUUGUGUUUCCAGAGCUGAACAUAAUCAACCGCCACCACACGAUUAUGAACGAAAGGAUAUUCCCGAACUGAGACUUUCUCAAACAUUCAGAAAACAAAGCAACAGUCAAGGAUUGCUUUCGAUUUUACGAUUUUACUAGCAAAAAAUUAUCAUAUACAAGCAUUUCUGUACUAAGUACUGUUUAUUAAGUUAGUGUUGAAUUUUAAAAUUAAAAAUGAGCGUUAAAGAUAUCUAUUAUUCGGACAAAUAUUAUGACGACGAGUUCGAGUACAGGCAUGUCGUUCUUCCUAAAGAUAUUGCAAAACUGGUGCCCAAGACACACCUAAUGACGGAAACUGAGUGGAGGUCUAUUGGAGUGCAACAGUCCCGUGGUUGGAUUCACUACAUGAUCCAUCAACCGGAGCCUCACAUUCUGUUGUUCCGGAGGCCCAAGACGACAGCAGCAUAAAGAAGCUACAACAUUCCCAAGGAACUCAACUCGAGGGCCACUAUAAUGAACUAUUAUUAAUAGUGUUCUAUUAAAUCUCACUCUAGAAUAUUCUUGAAAACUACGAUUAUGAUCUUGUACAAAUGGAAUCAGCUAGGGAUCUAAGGUAGCAACUGCUUUGGCCUGGAUGGGGCUAAGCAAAUUAGGAUAAAAAACAGAACUGUACAAACGAUAGGGUUUUCACCGAUAGGCUCGUUUCACAGCCAAAAGCGACCGCCUGAGAGGAGAGUAUGUGUGUAUGUGCCUUUAGGUAUGUCCGGAAUUAGAGGAAACAAAAAUACAAACCAUAAGUUACUUUUUAUAAAA